GUUGGCUGGGGCGACAUGGACUUUCGCUCGGCUCAGCGGGCAGUCCUUCAGCUGCUCGGUUCUGUGGCUCCAGCCGACCGCACGGCGCUGCUCCAAUGGAUGCGAACUACCAGAGAUUUUGAUGAAUUCAUACAUGAUAAUACUGACAUUAUGUUGAAAAACAUAGCGGAUGACCUUCGGAACUGCUUGCCUCUAGAAACCAUGCUUUCUUCAGAACAUCUAGCUCUUCAAAAAAUACAGCAGCAGCCAGAACCCACAGUUCACGUUGAUGCAUUCCUUUAUGAUGAAGACUUUAUUGAUUCAUUAUGUGAGGAAGGAAAAAUGAGCAGAAACUACUGCAUGGCUUGUGGCUCCCAUCAGACAGCCCCUCUAGGAUUUCUUUCUCAUUCCUUCUCCAUCGUGGAGUUGAAGUUCAUUUAUCAUCAUGUACUCCCUGACCUGUCGGGAAAGGUCUUGGUUGACGUUGGCUCCAGACUUGGCACAGUCCUUUAUGGGGGUUACCUUUACAGUUCAGCUAUACAGCUCUAUGGAGUAGAAUUGAAUGGAGACUUUUGCCAAUUGCAGGAAAUGGUCAUUAAAAAAUACCAGUUCAGUGACAGAAUAAAGGUGCUUCAUGCAGACAUCUGUACCCAGGGCUCACUUCUGCAAAAUGCUGAUGUCAUCAUCAUGAAUAACGUCUUCGAAUAUUUUCUUAAUGAGACACAACAAGUCAGUGCCUGGGAAUAUAUCAGCCACAACGUAAGGAAAAAAGGAUCAUUAUUAGUGACAGUACCAAGUCUUGAAGAUUCUCUUUCAGGCCUUCAAACCAAUAUAGAGUUAUCCGUCUGGGUUGAAGAGGUACCACUGAACUAUGAGGUAUACCCACAAAAGGAUAUUGACAGAGAAGCCCUGGAACAAAUUCAUUUAUAUAAGAUUCUCUAGCUCUAAAGCAAUCCUAUCUACCUAGUACAGUGUUGCAUUGAGUGUAUUACAAAGUAAUGAGGAGACAUGCCAGUAUCCUACUACAAACUUUUCUGUAUAUUCUCUUUAUACUUUGUAUAUGAUUGCAUAGUUUUAUAUGUAUAUACAUACAUAUGGAUGCAUAUGUAGGUACAUAUACAACUCUGUUCUACUUUGUAUGAUAACAUAAUUAAAAUAUUUAUUUGGGGCUGGGAAGGUGGCUCAGUGGUAGAGCGCUUG